CUGUAGGACUGCAAGAAAAAUUUGUUCGGCUUUUCGAGAACUGGUUUCGCACUUUUUCUAUCGUCUCGUGCUUGGAACGUCGAAGGCACAGAAGGUGGUCGAAUGGCUCGUUGUUCCUUGGUUUCUCAUGGUGGGGGCGAUGACAAGAGGAGGAAUAAGGAGAAGCAGAAGCAGAAGCAGGCGAAGCAAACACGGUGAUCCUUUGCGGCCAAGACCACUGUCGCGCUCCGGUCGCUCUUCGUUCCGGUUGGAAUUUAUCAGUAGGAUUGUCGCGAUCCUUGCUUUCGCCAUGGCAGUGCUCCGGGCAACGAGCGGCAGUGCCUUGCUCGGUUUCCCGAGACGGAAUGCCUCGCGGUUUUCUUCUUCGGCGACGGCCUUUGUUGGCGCAGGCCCUCAUUCCGGAAGACCGGACCGAAGCAGACGACGGGAUCCUCUAUGGAGAUCUGGCAAUGAUGAGGGAAUGGUUCCGCCGCAUCUUUUUCGCGUUGAUCGAUCAUUUCGCUCUCCGUCGGCGCCAUUUCGUUUCUCCGCUCUCCCGACCCCGCUGUGGACGGCCCUCGGUUCCGCGGGGGAUGACGAAGAGAACACCAACAGCGGAGGCGGAGGAGAGGGUGCGGUCGAGAGGCUCUCCUUCCUCCGCAAGGAGCUGGUCCGCCUUGCAGGUGGCCGGACCGAUUUCAACGCCAACAGCCCGGCGCAGCGAUCGGUGGCCAUUUUCGGGGAGGUCCGGUCCUGCACCAAGCGGAUCCUCGGGGAGAUUGCGAACGCCGGCGGAACAGAGGAAAGCGAGUACGGGGGCCUGUCCAGCGAGAAGCGGCUCCUGGCCGGCUACAUCCUCGAGUUUCAGGAACUAUCGAAACAACAAGAGCAAUUACAGCAGCAGCAGGAGCAACAGCAGCACCAACAGCACCAACAACAGCAGGAACAACAGCAGCAACAUCAACAAGAAACAAAAUCCCGGAAUGCAUCCAUAUCUGGUCCGGAGGGAGGGCGAAAAGACGGGGGCGGGCGUGGGCAGCCACCGCGGAAGCGUCCCCCGACGCACGAAGAAAUCGUCGAGGAGCUCUUUUCCGGGCCCUCCUCGAGGCUCGAUCCCUACUGGAGAGAGCCUCUCCUAGAGCUCUCACGGCCGUUGGCCAGGGACCUGGCUCGGCAGCUCGAUCCAGAAUCGUGCCCGAUGGGAUACGAUCCAGACGCCACCCCCAGCACAAGCGCUAACACAAGGCCCUCCGCCAAGGGAGUCCCAAAGCGCGGAAAGAGGGUGGGCUUUCUGGGCUACUGCCGGGACCAAAAGGAACUGUACCCGCAGCACGUAAUCCUGGUCCGAUGCGGAGAUUUCUACGAGACCUUUGGGAUCGAUGCCAUGCUGCUGGUUGAGCACGUGGGUCUCAACCCAAUGGGGGGSAAGGCGCGGUCCGGAUGYCCGAAGCAAAAUAUCGGCCAGACGCUCCAGGGCCUCACCGAUCGUGGYUUUUCGGUAGCGGUCUACGAAGAGAUCGACGAGGCGGUUGGUGGAAGGGCCACAACAUCCACGACCAAGAAGCUCAAGCAGCGGUCCCUGGCGCAGAUCGUCUCCCCCGCGUCCCCGACCUACCUGUACGACAACUGGCUGCUGGGGUCUGACGGAGCCGAAAGCCCGCAGCGCUCGCUCGAUGGCCUUCCCCCGCCCCGACCCUGYGUCGGGAUUGUAAACACGGCAGCAGGCUACGCCUACGUCGAGAUCUCRMUGGAGGAGCGAUCGGUCCAAUAUUCCGAGCGGCUGACCAGCGAGGCGGUGGCCUGUCGGCUGGCGGCCUAUCCCCCCUCCGAUCCCCUGCUMUACGUACCGUCGCCGUCCGAGAAKGGCCGCUCCAGAGCUCCCGACUUUCUAGCGGGGACCGGCGGAAGCGCCAAUCGGGGCCGRAUCAGAACCAGGGUUUUGGAUCCAAARCUGGUUCCKGUUCCAUCGCCAGGUACCUCCGAURCGGAUCGAUACGUCCGCGCUGUUGUCGACGAGGUGCUGCGGACGAACGAGUCGCGGGUGUCUGCGAGCRCCGACGGCCCGGAAGACAWAGAUGUGGMACUACUCGAUAGAGGCCCUGCGGGCAGCUUUGCCGUCACGACGGGAUCGACGGCAACCAACCCCCUGUACGUGGAGACUGCGACGCAGCUCGGCCUGAUGGACGACGGCACAAUCCCGCCGUUGAUYGGGUGCGUUCUGGACGACGCGGCUCCGGCUGCCUCCCGCCGGUUCCUCAAGCGGUACCUGCUGAUACCGCCCCCCCCAGCCGUGGCCCGGUCCAUGGCUUCCGUGGUCGGGGCCCUGACGAACGAGGAAAAACCGGUCUCGCUCCCACCCCUUGCGGUUCCCAACCUAGGAAAGGCCCUCGUGUUGAUCCGUGCCGGYCAGGCGGGGGCUGGUGUGUACGGGGAGCUUCUCCAGAGCCUAGACACCACCAGGUACGUCCUGGACAUGUACAACGACGACGAGACCGACAACUUCGUCGAGGCGCUAUUGCACAUGUGCCAGCACGAGAGUGGCAUUCYGGCGGAACGAAGUUCCCUAUUGGAACGAUGCAACGAAGCCAUUGGUGCCAUCGAAGCUGUCGUCAGCCCGUCCUUUCACGCGGGGGAAGUUCUUUCGGCCGCAGAAGCAAGAGACACUGUCAGCAAGGACGAGUUCGUUCCAGURGAAUUCUUCGAGCGGAACGAGCGAACCUGGCGGGGCCGRGUCAAACAGAGCGUCGCGGCAGAUGCCUACGAUCGGGUCCGUAUUGCCGCGCUCCAGCUCUCCGAGGCGGUGAGGGAAGACUUUAUCGGAGGCAAYGAGAGCAACAAGGGGCUGAUCAAGUACAACUACUUCGACAACCUGGUUUCGUUGCAGAAGAAGCCCACCGACGGAUCGGAGGAGUAUAGGACCUACGUCCGUCCGUACGACCGGUUCGGCAAGGUUCUCUCGAACCGGUGGACGACCGAAAGGGUGAAAGAGGCCGUCUCUCGCUACGUAUCGGAAUGCGACAAUGCUGCCAAUGAGGUGGCAUCCAUUCUUUCUGGCCUCGCCAAAACCCUCCAGGACGACGGACACAUACCCGCCAUUGUUCAGUCCUCUCAUCUGAAUCUAGUUCUUUCCACCGCCUUUCACCACGCCAUCAAAGCUACCAAUUCGGGUUGGCAGCUCGCGACUACCAUCGAAGAUMCUUCGUCUUCCGAGGCGCAAUUYGUCGACGUCUUUCCGUAUUGGAUGCACGAGUCCAGGGCGGUCAAAAACACCUUCGACUUGUCMWCCAUGAUCCUUCUCACGGCCCCCAACAUGUCGGGAAAAUCCACGCUUAUGAGGUCCACUGCCGCCGCCGCGUUGCUGACGGUGUGCGGCCUCUGUGCCCCYCUUUCCUCCGGUUCRAGAAUCUCCCGAUUCGAUACACUCUUCCUGCGAGGGGCCUCUUCCGACGUCCCAACGGAAGACAAGAGUGCAUUUGGUGCCGAGAUGGGAGAUCUAGCCGCUCUCUUUCGGUGUUCCGGCCCCAAGUCCUUUGUCUUUGUGGACGAGCUCGGCCGGGGGACGUCCCCGAGAGACGGCACGAGACUAGCUGGGGCGGUGCUCGAGAGCAUGGCCGACCGUGGAAUGAGCGGGAUCUUUGCCACCCACCUGCACGGCGUCCUGGAUCUCCCGCUGAAGAGGGACAGGAUCCUCACGAAACGAAUCAAAAUCGAUCGCGAUGAGCGAACCGGCACCGUCGAGUGGACCCACGAGCUGGAGGACGGCUUUUGCACGGAUUCCAUGGCCCUAGUUACGGCGGAGCGCUUUGGUCUGCCCGAAGACAUCCUCCGGAGGGCAAGGGAGCUYACCGAAUCCGUCCCGGGAAUGAUCCAGGGCCAGGACAAUUGCGGAGCGCAAAGCACGGAAAACGACAGGGACCCACGAGCGGUCCUUUCGCCAAGCGACGACCAAGUGGCUGGCCAUGCGAGUCCGGAAGCCGUCACAACCGACAACCAAUGGAAGGAAUUCAAAAAUCWAUGCCAUCAAGAAUUUCGGGACGUUGUUGGCUUGGCUUCCGAGUUGCUGGUAGAGGCGAAUGUCACAUCCGUCGAGGUUCCUCCCCGGCACCAUCCUCCACCAUCCCUUUCUAACCGAUCGUGUUUGUACAUUCUCCAGCUGGUGCCGAAAUCGCGUUCUUCGAUUACCGGUGUAAGGUACUACGUCGGAGAGACCGAUUCGAUAUCGAAGCGGUUGUCGCAACAUAGAAAGAAGGGUGGUGCUUGGGGCUGUUCCGGGGCUUUCGUCUUCCCGCUUGGGAACAAGAGCCAGGCACGGUACUACGAGAGCGCCCUCAUCGGAGAGCUGGCCCGGGCCGGAUAUUCCCUAGAGAGCAUAGUAGACGGCAGAACCCUACGGCACAUGCGAGACUAGCGCGGGCCGCCGCCGCUGCUGCUGCUGCUUCGACUCUCCCAGYCUAGUCUGGGUGGAMACAAACGCUCUGUCAUUGAGAUUAGCAUAUUCUUCGAAUGAUUUUUCCUCCAUUCCUUASCAAUAUUACGUGGAAUUAUCGCUCAAAUCCAUAAAAAAAUUGACAAAAAAGCUGCURUUCUACUAGCAGAAACCAAGAGAUAGUAAUGCGUACUACCAUUUGUACCUGGUGUCUUUGAACUGUUGUUGAACGAAUGAAAGAACUGGGCUUUUGCAUCGUGCGGUAGGUCGUAAACAUGUGCACUCAUAAUUCUAGCAUGAGCCAGCUGGCRAGAUGGUUAAACAAAAUCCUGAGCAAAAUUGCUUUACAGUACAGCAGUUGCACCAUUCUUGCCUCAASUUGCAGUUUUCGUAAAYACCAACUCUAUAUUUCACAAACAGACCACUGGAACACAAGUUCUAACUCUCCACUUCUUGAAAGCACAAAAUGAAUACAAUUGCUUUGCCACGUUGGACAAGCAGACCAAGUUGAAAUCAACAUAUUUUCUAUAG